AUGUCGUCAACACGCACGCCAAUGCAGCGCUUACUGCUGCUACAACAAUCAGGCACCUCAUCCUUCACCACUUGCCUCCUCCAACCAUGCUCGCGACAACCCAGCACCCGCUUCUUCAGCACCAGUCCUCGCACCUCCGCCGGCGUACGCAAGUCCAGGUCCUACGCACCACGCGAGACGGGCAUGAAACAGCCCAGCCAAAAGUCCUUUGAAGUCAUGAAGAAGGAGCAAAUGAAGAAUAUCGAUCAGAUGCCCAAUGAUGUGGGCUUGAUCCCUGCCACUUUUAUCAUGCCGACUGGAAACCGAUUGCCUUCUCUCACCGCCGAUUUCAGCACGAGAUUUGCGUUGGAAAAGCACCGUGCUUGGCUGCGUAUAAAGGAGAUUUUCGGGUAUGGUUUACCUCUCCCCCCCCCCCCCCCCCCAAUUCCCGUUUCUGACCUUGAUCUGCGCCUUUUGCAUUCUGCCUUUUUUUUUGGACCAGAAGAGACUAACACAUACUCACACAGUCGCCACUACAUGGGCUACUUCCACGUAAAACCCCGCGCAGACUUCCAAACCUCUGCAAUCCCUUCAAUCGCAAAAUCCCUCUACCAAGACAUGUACACGGCCUUUGCCUCUGGAAACCUCGCCCCCGUGGCGCCAAAACUCUGCGAAAACGUGCACAUGUCACUGGAGCAGAGGAUACAACAGAGAAGUGCCAAUGUGGGCAUCGCAUGGACACUGCACAACUGGACCGCAACCCCCAAAAUCGUCAGCCACAAGUACAUGCCCAUGAGUUUGGAAGACAACAAGGACAAAACGAAACAGACGACCAUCCAGCAAGUGUGUGUGCGGAUGCAGAGUUUGCAGAGUUUGAAAAAGGUGAGGAGGGUCAAGCAGGGGAAUAAGACGGUCGAGGUUAUCGAGGAAGGAAGCUCGGCUGCUCCAAAGGAGGUUGUAGAGUAUCUUGUUGUGCAGAGGUUGUGUAAGAGGGGAAAGAUGGGUCCUUGGAUGGUUUGGGGCACCACUACCGAGUCUGAUCCCAAGGAGGCUCUUGCCGGAUGA